UUAGCAAUGGUGGGUAUUAUAUAGAAAUUUACAAAUAAAGAUGGCAGCUACAAGUCAACAGUUUGAUGUCGGCGCUGUGGGCUCUGAUGACUACCUGAGCGCCCUCACUCGCCGUCUGGAAGCAUUAGAGAAAAGAGUGAUUGGUCAAGAUGGCAUUAGACCAGAUCAGCCUCCCUUGAAGCCAACACUGGAGAUGCUUGAGAACAAGUUGGCACAAGGCUUCUCUAAAGUGGGAGCUGUGUCCAGCCUCUGGUCCAAGAUGGCUGCUCUAGAGAAAGCUCUUGACCCUACUUACCUAUCAAACUUGAAGCUGACUGAUUCUGCCAAGACUGACUUACUCAUUGGGUACACUGCUCAACUCACUGAUCUCUCUAAGCCUAUAGAAGAGUUACAGAGACUUAAAGACUAUCUCAAUGUGACAGAGUUUCAGGGUCUAGAGGAACAUGAGAAGAAGCUCUCAUCAGUGGCCAUCCUCCACUCUCAACAAGAGCGCCUAGUGGAGCAGUUGACUGGACAAGUCCACCAAUUGCUCAGUGCCUAUAGUCGAAUCAUGCUCCAGCUCUCAGCACAGCUCGUAGAGUGGGGGGAGGCAGCAAAGAACAAACAAUAGACUGAACAAUGAAUAGUGGUCUUUAUUAAUUUAACUCAGUUUUUGACUCAAUUCUUAUUACGAAUGUACUAUUAUUAUUAUGACAAAAAAACUUGAACAAGAAUUCAACAAUGA